CUUCUCUGCGCAGCCGCAGUCCUUGCAGCUCCAGCUCUGCAGUGCCUGGAAGGGUCUGAUUGGGGAGGGUUUUGAAUCCUGUACCUGAGGAACCCCACAGGACACUGGAACAAGAGAAGUAAAAAAGAAAAAGCCUGCCUUGGAAGCCACGCCUCCUCCUGAGGAGAUGCAGAGCCUCAGGACUGAGCAGACACAGGGACUACUGCCUCGGGACAGCAGGGCCUGGGAGAAGCCAUGCCACUCCACCUUCCCCAAGGACUGGGAGGCUGUGGAGGUUGGGGCCUCCAGCUAUGACAGUGAUGAGAAAGAUCUGUCUUCCCAAGAGACUGGGCUGUCUCAGGACUGGAGCUCAGUGGAGGAAGAUGAUGAGUUAGAGGACUCCCAGGGCUUUGUGGAGUGGUCCAAGGCUCCACAGCAAACAACCAUCGUGUUGGUAGUGUGUGUGCUGUUCUUAUUCUUGGUUUUAACUGGGAUGCCCAUGAUGCUUCACAUUUAACUACCACAGCAGCCACUGGAUGGAAACACAAGCCCCGUGUCGUGUUAAGAAACUGUCCUGGCUAGAAACCGGGAAUGGAUACUGAGAAUGAAGAAAUGCCUUUAACACAUCCAUUGAGAUGAGUUCAUAAUUAUUUGUAACUUAUUUAUCUGAAAGCUUUGUUUUUAAUUAUGU